AUGGCGAGGAAUCCUCAGGCUGCGCCAUAUAUUGAUGAACUCCCAGAGGGAGCGGUGAAGCCUCCAGCAAACAAGUACCCCAUCUUCUUCUUCGGCACCCAUGAAACUGCGUUUCUAGGUCCCAAGGACCUCUUCCCCUAUAAGGAGUACAAAGACAAGUUCGGGAAGUCGAACAAACGGAAAGGAUUCAACGAAGGGCUGUGGGAGAUAGAAAAUAACCCCGGAGUGAAAUUCACCGGGUACCAGGCAAUUCAGCAGCAGAGCUCCUCAGAAACGGAGGGCGAAGGCGGGAACACUGCCGAUGCGAGCAGCGAGGAGGAAGGUGACCGAGUCGAGGAAGACGGGAAGGGCAAACGGAAGAGGGACAAGGCUGGCUCGAAGCGGAAAAAGUCCUACACGUCAAAGAAAUCCUCUAAACAGUCCCGGAAAUCUCCAGGAGAUGAAGAUGACAAGGACUGCAAAGAAGAGGGGAACAAAAGCAGCUCGGAGGGUGGAGAUGCCGGCAAUGACACGAGGAACACAACUUCAGACUUGCAGAAAACCAGCGAAGGGACCUAACCACCGUGGCGAGUGCUGCGUCUCCACUCAGAAGCCACAGGAAGGCUGUGCGUCUGGGUGUCUCAUGUUCUUGGAUUUGAUACGAACCCACACGGUCCUUGUUGUCAUUGACUGAGCCCCACUUUGUAUGUACUUUACUCACAUUCCUCUGUUUGUGUUUAGAGAAAGGGAAAAAAAGACAUUUUAGCCUUUUUUUAAGGUUAUUGAUUUAAUUUCUUGUUAUUUGGUUGCAUGAAGUUGCCCUCAACCACUAAGGAUUAUCAAGACUUUUGCACAAACUUACACGUGUCUAGGAUCCUUUUACCGAGGCAGCGAUGCCCGUGACUCCUGCCUUUUCUCCACCUCCACCGCACACUCAGUAAAUACCAAUUUGCUUUUUUUUAAAAUGACCACUCGACGUGAUGCGGAUUUCCUCUCUGGGACAGGACCAGGAAGCAAUGCCUAAAUACGCGGUAUGGGCACAUCGGAGACAAAAUUGAAACUGUUCUUCAUUUCUGAGGCCAUGUGUAAAGUUUAAUAACGUUGUAGAAUAUCUAUCCGUGUUAGAGAUACCCGGUGGCAGCUUACACUUCUCAAAACUCAUGUCGUUAUGUACACAAGCCCAGUUUCUACGUGUGAGGUCAGUGAGUCCUUUUGUGUUACUCCAAAUACAGCAGCUGUUUCUUUUCUCCCACUGCCAGUAAAUUUGAGCACCACUCGAGGUGGGUACUUUCCAUGUUAAAGCUGGAUGUCGGCAGUAGCCCUAUGGGAAGCCAGGCAGAGCAUCUACUUUUAAAUACAGACUUUCAAAAAGAACUUUUCUUUCGGAACUAGGGUUAGAAUAGUUGAUACUCACCCACACACCGUUACUAUGUGUACAUUCUUGUUGCCCUUGUGAUAUAGAGAAUUUUAUUUAUUUUUAUGCCAGCUUAUAUCGUGAGAACACACUCGGUCGGUUUGGGUUUCCUCAGUCCUGUUAUGCUUGUCCUCGGAACAUAUUUCGCGUCCUCAAGGUUUGUAGUUGAAAAGUUUACUGUAAAAAAAAAAUCAAAAACAAAAAAAUGUAUUGUUUUUACAGAAUAAAUUUAUUGGAAUGUGUAUGGGAGUAAGAUUUUGAGGUUGUAAACGACCAGGUUAGUGUGACUUGGCUUCAUAUGUGUAACGUGAGGUGUCCAUGUGACUCAUAUAUUAAAGCAGAAUUUGUUAACACAAGUUGACAACAGAACCAA